AUGUCUUUGGUUGGAGCACUUCUUUUCUGCAACGAUUGCGGUGGCCUUCUGGAGCGAUGCCCCGCUUCGCAAGCUAACAUCGACUGUGAUGUCUGCGGCAAGAGAAACAAGAACAAGUGGCCCACAUCCAUCACCACCGAAUCAGCACCCACAGCAUUCCCUUCGCGCCUCCGCGAUGCCCGCUCAGAGAUCCAAGUCUUGUCUGCUGAAGACCGCGAGACUUGGGCCAUGACGACUACAGCAUGCCCUCAAUGCGCCAACCCUGAGAUGAGAUUCAGAGAUGUGCAAUUGAGAGGUGCGGAUGAAGGAAGUACGAUUUUCUACAGAUGUCCCAAGUGUGAUUACAAAUUCAACACCAACAACUAA